UCUCGCUCUCGUUCUCCCUCAGCAGUGCUGCCCCGCCUGGCUAAAUUCCUGUCGGGCGUUUCCAUACUCGCGAUACCACCAUACAGUCCUUUGCAUAACCGUCUUCGCUCGCCAAUAUGGGUGCGUCUCUGAGAGACCACUCUUUCCGCCCGCCGACCCGCGACCGCCCGUCGACGCGCGACCAGGGCGAGAAUUCGCUGGUCGUUCCUAGCCGUACAUCCUCGCUCCAUUCUCGUAUCACACAGCCGAUCCCAUCCCAGUCCAAUGCCAAACCGGCCCAACGCACACCCAAAACACUCACUCAUGCGUAUAUGGUAUGUGGUGUCGGCCGCGAGCCCGCCCAGUGGGUGAAGGCGCCCACGCCUUCCCAGGGAAAGAUCGGUCAUAUGAAGGGCGCUGUCGGCCAGUUUUGGCUGCCUGAGAUCCUGGGAAGCAGUCCCCGCCUGGAGCAGGACAAUGAGAUCGCCAAAGCUUUACAUUCAGCAAUGAGGGCCUGCUUUCCUCAUGAUGUCGAGAUUUGCACCGGCAAGAAUCAACCGCACUGUGUCCACCAUGCUUUCGUCCUGCAGCAGGACUCAUCACACACCCUAUACGGCAUUGCCCUCCGCGUCUGGUCGCGAGCCGAUGAGAAGCGUGCUGAGACCAUCCGCGAGCUGCGUAAGAAGACCGAGUCGGAUUACUACGACAAUCCCGAAGAGACAUAUUGGAUCCCAUACUGUUUGAGUUUCCUUUCUCGAUAUCCGUUGUACGACCUGCUCGGCGACUAUCUCCGUGGAAUGUGGAUCCACUGGAACAAGGCCACGAAUCUGUUCCACGCUGAGGAGGUCUCCCGCAUCCUCAGCUUCCCCGCGCCUCGCCUCAAUGAUCUUGUCCGGAUCGACAUGAAGGACUAUGCGCUCUGCUACCAGUUCCCGUCCUCCCCCACGGGCUUCCAGAACUUCUCGAUGUGGCCGUUGUUCACGUGUCUCUCGAUCCCCAACAUUGUCGGCGUAAUUGAAGCCGCAGUUUCCCCGACUCGCCGUAUUAUCUUUGUCAGUCAUUACCCGGCCAUGCUCACUAUUGCGGCCGAAACUAUCCGCUACUGCGUUCGUGUCUACGAGUGGAGCGGCUUAUAUGUACCUGUGGUCCAUGCCCGCCAUAUCAAAGACCUUGUGCAGGAACCUGGACCCUACAUUCUUGGUGUGACGGCUGAGUGCCGAACACUUUUCAACGCGCCAUCCGACGCUCUGGUAGUGGACCUGGACCGGAACUUUGUUCUCACCUCCAGCCCACCGAACAUCCUGAACCCCGGCCAGCGAACUAAGUUCAUCAACCGCUUGACGCAGGCGUUGAACGGCGAUGUCUCCCCGUCGGGUGUUCCCAACCAUCUCCGUUCCGCCUACGCCGGCGGCAAACUCAUCCCAGCUGGCCAGAUCAUCGUCAUGAGAGGUGAGGUCGAGAGUGUUGAGGAACCCAGCUGGUGGAACCAGGAUGCGGUCAUGGGUGUUAUGGACCACGUGUGUGAGAAAUUGGGACGCAACACCGGCAUGAAAGCCAUUUUUGGCGGAUCGGUCAAGAAGCCUCUCAUGACCAAGGUGUCUAUGAGACAUCUGAACGAGAUUGUCCGUGAGCGUAACCAGUACUCUCGUGACGCCAUGGAAGCCUGGCAAGAUUUCAUUAACCUCAAGGGUCGCAUGGAUACCGAGCUGGGCAAGGUCACCAAGCGCAACAACUUCUUGGUUGAGGAGCUGGAGACCUGGAAGCAACAAUUCCUCAAGUUCCAGGCCUUCGCUGAACAACUCACCAAAGAAACCAGUGAACUCAAGGUCAAGAUCGAGAACCAUAAGCGUGAGAACCGCCGUCUUUCUAGUCUCAUCGAUCAGCAGAAGGAUGACGUCGCUCGUCUUACUCUGCGUCUCUCUGGAACUGAGAAGCAGCGCGAUGAUGCCCUCGAGGCCUUGGUUCUUCAGCAGGAGAUCGCGGAAGAGCUGGAGCGUGAGCGCAAGCGCAACCAGAAGGAGCUUGCUGCCUUGCAGCACACCAGUGCCACUCUUGCUCGCCAACGUGACGAUGCUCAACGUGUCGUCCUGCACCUGCGUAGCCUAAUCAAUGGCAAAUCUCACCAUAUGGAACACCUUGUCCGCUCUAUCGGCAGCUCAGCGGAACUUGACGAACUAGCGGAGCAGGAAGUCGCCGAGGAACAGGCCCAGGAGAGCGCAGAAUCCGUCAAGGAUAAGAACGUGAAGAAGGACGUGAAGACAAACGAAUCUUCAAACGGUGUGUCGAGUAUCAACCCGGACCUAGAGCAACACCUGCUGAACAUUGGUCAACCAGAACGCCGUCUUGCGCGUCUCAGCGUAACUGACGUUGCCGAUCGCUACUUACGCGACAAGACGGAUGCCAUCUCGGAGAUUAUCCGCAGCAUCAGCGAGCAGUGUGCCGCUGCUGUCGAGGGUCUGCAACUUGCCCAGGAUGCAGAGGAUGGCGAUGCCAUGCCGAGCAAAGCCAAUCUUGAGCCGCGCGGCAUGAUGACCCCUCGCGAGGGCAGUGAGAUGGGUGACAGUGAGGUCAGCACCCUCCACCCGGAUGGCCGGACAAGCGUUCCUCCUACGCCAGAUCUUGUCCACAACCGGUCAAGCACCUCAAUGUCGAUGAUCAGCAGCUCAACAUUCCCAGAAAGGUCAAGUCAGCAGUAUGGGCCCGGGGAGAUCCCGACCCGGAUCGUCGAGGACGAUGACGAGCACGCCCAUGAAACGGAAGGUCUCGAUAACCCAAGCGAAGCUGGGACUCUCUCCAAGCAUUCCAACGAGGACCUUAUGCGGACAACCCCUCGCAUGCUCGCGUAG